AUGGCGGCCCUUAAACUUUUUUCGCUCGGCUCUGCGUCUGCGUUCUUGAUGGCGAACGCUGUCCAUCAAACGGCAAAGCAAACUUCAUUGGCGUCGGAUGGAACGUCCCCAACCUACACUGUAAAACUCGGGGAAGAUCAUGUGUGCCUCGACGAAAUCAACGCUGCGCGCCAAGCCGCUGGACUCGAACACUUCAAAACGGAGAGCGGCGCAGAACUAGCGUGGCCUCCAGUUACCUUGGAAGACGAUGAACAGCACAAUGCUGCAUGGAAUCCUGUUUGUGAAGCCCUGACAGGAGAAGAGUCAGCAGAUGUAGCGAAGAGCGCAAAUGCAAAUGGAUUUAAAACUGGUACAUACGCCUACAUUGCCUUGGAAUCGGCGACGGCCGACUGCGCCGCCGCAGUGAGCCACUGGAAGGACGCCGCCAGCAACUUCACUACAAUCCCUCCGGCGAAGAAUAACCAAACGACACUCUACGACAAACAGCAGAACAUUUCUUUUGUUGCCAUGUACAACCCUCUAGAGGAUGCCGCUGCUGACUGCCGCGUCGUUACCUGCACUCGAUCCGCAGCUACCCAAUCCCCAGGAGUAGGCGGAGUAGGCGCCCUAAGCGCUGGCGAAGGGAAGACAGGCUAUGCUUUACUGUGCAUGACCACACCUGAAGCUCUUACAGCUGAAGCAGCUCCCUUCAAGUAA